AUAACAAAUUUAACAGACAUGGAUUUUCAGCUGGACGGUAGAAGGUACCCAGAGGAUCUUGAUUGGCUUCUCUCCGAGUGGAGCGGGUGCGAAGCAUGCGAUCAGGAAACCGAGACCCGGACGGCGAUUUGCGCUGAUAAGGACGGAAAAGUGUACCCGCAACAGCUCUGUCAGUUGGCAGUCCCAGAACUCUCCCGUCCUUGCAGCUCGCUGAAAGUCCAAACCAAGUGGUUUUCCUCUGGUUGGAGCACUUGCUCCGCCACCUGUGGAAAGGGUAUUCAGACCCGCCUCGUAAUCUGCGAGCAGCUCAAUGGCCAGACGAUGACUCCACAAGGGCACUACAUGUGCGACCCGUCAUCGAAACCUGCAUACCAGCAGGAAUGUGUGGGUGAAUGCUCCUAUGUGGACAAGGAGGAUAGCACUACCGAAGGAUCUCCUGAGUGGAGUAAGAAUAUGUGUGAGCUGAAUUCCGAAACGGGUAAUUGCUCCAACUAUAUGAUCUACUACUACUAUCACGCCGAGACUCAGACCUGUGACCCAUUUUACUAUGGCGGUUGCGGUGGCAAUGGAAACCGUUUCGCCACUCUGGAGUCCUGUUUGAUGCACUGCAACCCCAAUGUCCUGAGCACCUCCCGACCCAACCUGGCACCCCCUACUCCAUCUUUGGACCAGUGUGAACAGCCUGCCGAUGCAGGGGAAUGCAGUGAAUGGGUCCUGAAGUGGAGCUACAAUUCCACAGAGGAUCGCUGCCAGCAGUUCUACUAUGGCGGAUGCGGGGGCAAUGAUAACCGCUUUGGAUCCGAAGAGGAAUGCUCAUCCCGCUGCAAGCACGGAGCUGUGGAGGAGCUACCAGAACGUGAACCGCUACCGGCUAUUAAUCCCAACUCGUCGGACACCUCCAGUCUCGAACCAACACCCCCUACUCCAACUCAAGCUACGGACCAGUGUGAACAGCCUGCUGAUGCAGGGGAAUGCGGGGAAUGGGUCCUGAAGUGGAACUACAAUUCAACAGAGGGUCGCUGUAAAGCAUUCUACUAUGGCGGAUGCGGGGGCAAUGAUAACCGCUUUGGAUCCGAAGAGGAAUGCUCAUCCCGCUGCGAACAGGGAGCUGUGGAGGAGCAACAGGAGCAGGGACCGCUGCCGGAAAGUAGUCCCAACUACUUCGACACCACCAUCACCAAUCUAGAAGUUACUACUCCAACUCCAACUCCAACUCCAACUCCAGAUGUAUCUCCAGCUGUGGACCAGUGUGAACAGCCUGCCGAUGCAGGGGAAUGCGGGGAGUGGGGCCUGAAAUGGCACUAUAAUUCCACAGAGGGUCGCUGCCAGCAGUUUUACUAUGGCGGAUGCGGGGGCAAUGACAACCGGUUUGGAUCCGAAGAGGAAUGCUCAUCCCGCUGUGCACAAAGAGCAGUGGAGGAGCAACAGCAACAGGAACCGCUGCCGGAAAGUAGUCCCAACUACUUCGACACCACCAUCACCAAUCUAGAAGUUCCUACUCCAACUCCAACUCCAACUCCAGAUGUAUCUCCAGCUGUGGACCUGUGUGAACAGCCUGCUGAUGCAGGUGAGUGCGGGGUAUGGGGCCUGAAUUGGCACUACAAUUCCACAGAGGGUCGCUGCCAGCAGUUCUACUAUGGCGGAUGCGGGGGCAAUGACAACCGGUUUGGAUCCGAAGAGGAAUGCUCAGCCCGCUGCGAACAAAGAGCGGUGGUGGAGCAUCAGGAACAGCUGCCCGGAAAUAGUUCCUACUCCUCCGACACCUCCAAGUGCUUCCUGGCAUCCGAGCCGGGCAACUGCUUCAAGGACGAGAUCCGCUGGUACUACAACAGCCAACUGGGACUCUGCGACGAGUUCGUCUACACGGGCUGUGGCGGCAAUGCCAAUAACUACGCCAGCGAGGAGGAGUGCCAAAACGAAUGCCAUGAUGCCCAGACCGCCUGUGGACUGCCACCUGUCCAAGGACGAUGCAGUGACCUCUCCAUGCGCUGGUUCUUCGAUGAGCCCAGCGGCGGAUGCCACAAGUUCGAGUUCACCGGAUGCCGCGGUAAUCGCAACAACUUCCAGUCGGAGAACGAGUGCCUCGGCUUCUGCCGGAAUCAAGAAGUGGAAUUUGCUGAGUUACCGCCUCCAGCACCGAUCUAUUCCCAGUGCAAUGCGCCUCCGGAGGCGGGCGGAUGCGACGAUCACAUAAGUGCCUGGUUCUACGACAAGAAAUUCAAGGUCUGCACAAUUUUCACCUACAGCGGCUGCGGCGGAAACGGAAACCGCUUUGAGACGCGCGAAAAGUGCGAGAAACUGUGCAGGAAUGUUCCCGAAUUGGUUGAUGUCCAAGCCGAAUUGAAAUUGGAUUGGAAGAAUAGCUACACAAGCGGAUCUAACAUUUCCAUGAGCUGCUCCGUACAAGGCUAUCCGAAACCCAAUGUGACCUGGACCAAGGACAACGUGGCUCUUUACCACAGUGAGCGGAUUCAAAUUAAAUCCCAGCCAAAUAGUCUGGUACUGAAAUCUGUGACCCCUGACGAUUCGGGAAACUACAUCUGCACAGCCAAUAAUGGGUUCACUGAGGCUAGUGCCGAAGCUGAUGUUUUUAUUCCCUCUGAUGUACAGGUGCCUCUGGGUUGUACCGAUAUCCCAUUUUUUUCCAACUGCCAUAUGGUCGUCCAGAACUUCCACUGUAACAACCCAUACUUCAAAAAUUCCUGUUGCCGUUCCUGUACGUUGGCGGGCCAAAUUGCGCACCGGUAGACUGCUACUAUUACUUUAAAAGCAUUUAAAGCGAAUUAUGAUUUACAUACUCCUUACUAAAUAAAUCAUAACAGCCUUCCAAUUU